AACGACUCUCUCUAUCAAUUCAAAUAGAAAAAAGUAAGUAAUUUCAAUUUAGAAACUUAAGUUUUCCCUUUCAAAAGCAAUUAUUAGCUUAGUUGUUAAAGAAAAUUGUAAGCGUGUAAAGCGAAACCGCAAGACAAAACCGAAUUACGGACAACGACUUUCGUAUACAGUAUUGUUACUGUAGAAGCAGUGAAACCAGUUGCCAUACACGACUGCUGGGGGAAGAGAACAAACGAGUUUGCUUGAGUGAAAUCCCUUCAUGCCCUACUUGCCUGCAACGAUAGAUAUGGGUCACAGCAGACAUGGCGAGUAGAGAUUAGGUAGAAUACUACCUGGGGUAAACGGUGCAGCGACUUGCACCUCACAGCACCGUUCUCACUCACUCUUGUCGGUUAGUGGAUAAUGUCCACCGGGAUAACACUGUGAUUUAAAACUUCAUCCCUGUGAUGCACGGUUAUAUUUGAAUGUUAGAGUGGCAGUGGUGGUGCGCCGGUUGACUCGUUAACAUCCAUCCCUAUCAAUAUUCCAUCCCGAUCUUCACUCAUGUUCAUCCAAACAGUGUUAAUAAUUCUAAGUGUCCUUUGGCCUAUAGGGCACGUAGGCGCUACACCUCAGAUACACAAGGUGAUGACGAGAGGUGAAUUAUUAAGGACAUUUCAAGUAUCAUCCGCAAAUGAUGUCCCUGUAUACGAAGUAAUAAACAUCAGAUCUCUAACUAAACGCGAAAUAUCCGAUGGGGAAAUCAAAAGGAUAUAUUUAUCUGCUUUCGGAAAGAAGAUGAAAUUAAACUUGAAGAAGAAUAAGGAUUUCGAAGAAAGAUUAAAGAAAUUUAAAGUGUUACUGGCGGAAACUACAAACAAUGGACUUAAAUACCGCGAUGUUACGGCUCAACAGGGAGGUUCAUCCGACUUAGGAUCUACUUAUCACGACGACGAGAAAAUGGCAGCCAUUUUGAUGAGGCAAGCCGAGGACGGAGGAAUCGAAAUGGAAGGGACGAUAGGAAACGAUUUUGUCAUUAAACCAAUCCCUAAAACACUUUACGACUCGUCGUACGUUGAUGAUGAGAUGUUCCUGGAUGAGGACGAGCAGAUAGAAUUGAAUAAAACGAGAGCAAAUUUCAAUAAUUCGCAAAAUAUAGGAGGGAAUCAUAUAGUAUUUAAAAGGAAAUUUGGAGGAUUACACGACCAUUCCGACUAUCUUAACAUGGAAUCAGCUAGUCUACUCAACACCUCAAAGCUGCAUCAAGCUUCUAGUUCAAGAAGAAAAAGAGCAGCACCAGAUACAGUAUGGCCGGAAGUACUAAUGGUCGCCGAUUACGAUACUUUUCUUCUUCACGGAAGUAACAGUCGCGAUGUUAAACGUUAUUUUGUUAGCUUCUUUAAUGGAGUCGAUCUUCGUUAUAAAUUAUUAAGUUUUCCUCGAGUUAGGAUCAGUUUAGCCGGAAUGAUUGUGGCUAAGGAUCGGGAUGCCACGCCUUAUCUAGAGAGAAAUCGUCUACGUCAUCCUAAUCACGAUGCUGUGGAUGCUGCUGGUGCAUUGACAGAUAUGGGAAAGUACCUGUAUCGUGAAAAUCGUUUGCCCACUUACGAUUUGGCAGUAGUCAUUACAAAACUAGAUAUGUGCAGGAGGAGAUUCGAAGGAGGGAGAUGCAACAGAGGAACCGCAGGUUUCGCUUAUGUGGGGGGUGCUUGUGUAGUCAACAAACGUCUGGAGAAAGUCAACAGUGUGGCAAUCAUCGAGGACAGUGGAGGAUUCAGUGGAGUCAUUGUAGCUGCUCACGAAAUAGGUCAUCUUUUGGGUUGCGUACACGAUGGUUCACCACCCCCCAGUUACUUAGGAGGACCAGGUGCUACUCAUUGUCCUUGGGAAGAUGGUUUCAUUAUGAGUGACCUGAGGCAUACAGAACGAGGAUUCAGAUGGUCUUCGUGUAGUAUCGAACAAUUUAAACACUUCUUGAACGGCGAAACAGCAUCGUGCCUUUAUAAUUUCCCACACGAAAAUGAUCUCUUACCUCGAGUACUACCAGGCACCAUGUUCACGUUAGAUGAACAAUGCAAACGAGAUAGAGGAACAACCGCCUGUUUUAAAGAUGCAAGGGUGUGCGCCCAACUCUUUUGUUUCGAUAGUGCAUCAGGAUAUUGUGUAUCCUAUCGCCCUGCUGCAGAAGGAUCCAGCUGUGGGGAUGGUCAGGUGUGCAGAAAUGGAAAGUGCAUCACAGAAAUAGAUAACAUCAUCCCAGAUUACUCUCACGUUACUCAAACUUUUGUCAAUGGACCACAGAGUAGGGCGGAUACCGAAGAGGUACCACAACCUUCUCAGAGAUCCAGAUACAGGUCGAGAGUGCGUCAACACACUACUACUCAGGGCAGCGUGAAAGAAGCGGAUGUAUAUACAACGGUGUCGGAUGAAGACGAUUGUCAAGAUAAAAGUGAACAAUUAGCAAGAGGAUUGGAUUGCAAGAGAUUUUUCCAAAGAUUUGGCACAAGAUACUGCGGACAUCAAUUUGUGAAACAGAAUUGCUGCAAGACUUACGAGAAAAUGUGCAAAAAGAGUUAAUGUUAAAUCAUGUGUAUAAAUUUUUAGAACUAUUUUUUUUUUUAAAUUCAUUUCUUGCACAAACUGCCCCAUUGGAAUUACACAAACUGCUCAUAAAGAACACACUUCCCUUUUUUUUAAUAGUUGAAUGAAACUUUAAACAUUCCAAACUGGAGCAAAAUCUUUUAUACAUCAGUUCAGAAUGUUUAAAGUUUUGCACUUUUAUGGUCAGUUUAGUGCAAUGUGGAUUAUUUUAGUGAGACUAUUAUAAAUGUUAGUUAAAUUUGAGGUCAGUGUACUUCAAAUUAUUAUUAUUAUUAUUUUGAUUAUAUUAUUUGUUAAUUAUAAACAAUUCAGUCAUAUUUUCCUGUUUUUCUGAAUGGCUGAAAUACGUAUAGAUGAUUUACUAUUUUAUUACCACAAGCAGUGGCGGUUUUAGGCGGCAAGAGGCCCUAGAUAAGCGUAAACUCACGAGGCCCCCUUUUAUACAAGUCUAUAGCGUAAUGCCCUCAUCACAAAGUACGUAAUAUUGUAUAAAAUUUAAGGACUUAGCUAGUACUGGAGUACAAAGUAUAUGUGCACAUCUAAGGCCUCUAAAAGUGUGAGGCCCUAAACAUAAGGCUCAAUGCCUAAAACCAUCACUGACAAUGAGCCAAUAGUAACAAAAUAGAAAAACAUAUUUCAUUUUCAUAUAAUAAAAUAUAAUUCACU